CAUCUCAAAAGCAAAACAUGACCUCCAAUUACUAUUUUGCCACUGUCUCUCCCACGCUACUAUCACUCUUCUUCCUCUUCAUCUUCACCACCUCCCCCUCCACAGCGGCCUUGGUGGCGCAGCAGCCCCUCCUGCUGAAAUACCACAACGGCACUCUCCUCAAAGGCAACGUCACCGUCAAUCUCAUCUGGUACGGCAAGUUCACCCCUAUCCAGCGCUCCAUAAUCGUCGAUUUCCUCCAGUCUCUCAACUCCGCUACGCCACCGAAACCCUCCGUAUUCACCUGGUGGAAGACGACGGAGAAGUACAAUAGCGGCGGCGUCGGAGCCUCAACUCUCGUCCUCGGGAAGCAGUUCCUCGACGAGGCCUAUUCCCUCGGAAAAGCCCUAAAAAAUUCACAGAUCGUUUACCUCGCCGCCAAGGGAGGCCACGCCCAGCGAACGGUCAACGUCGUGCUGACCGCGGAGGACGUCGCAGUCGAUGGAUUCUGCAGGAGCAGGUGCGGGAGCCACGGAGCCACGCGCGGAGCGGCGAGGUUCGCCUACGCGUGGGUCGGGAACUCGGCGGCGUUCUGCCCGGGGUACUGCGCGUGGCCGUUCCACCAGCCGGCGUACGGGCCGCAGUCGCCUCCGCUCGUGGCGCCGAACGGGGACGUCGGCGUGGACGGCAUGGUGAUCAACCUCGCCACGGUUCUGGCGGGGACGGUGACGAAUCCGUUCAGAAAUGGCUACUUCCAGGGGUCGGCGGCGGCGCCGCUGGAAGCGGUGAGCGCGUGCACGGGCGUGUUUGGGUCGGGAGCGUAUCCGGGGUACCCGGGGAGCGUAUUGGUGGAUAAGAGCACGGGUGCGAGCUACAACGCGCAGGGGGUGAACGGGCGGAAGUAUCUGUUGCCGGCGAUGUGGGACCCCAAGACGUCGCAGUGUACGACAAUUGUUUGAUUUCGCUAUGUUGGUGGGUGGGGAGAGUAUCCGCUACGGGCAAGUGUGCGUGUGUAAAUAUGCGGGCGCUUGUAUUUUUGUCAUAUGAAAAAUUCAGUGAUCUAAUUAGUCUAUAAUACUACUACAUAGAAAGAAAAUUAAUAGUCUUUCCGUCUCACAGAAAAUAGUACUGAAUGACUUACUUCCUUUUUUCUAAUUUAUCCUAACGAAAAUAAUCUAUUAUUAAAAAUAAAUUUCAUUUUA